AUGCAGAUGGAAUUAGUUAAGAAAGCUCUAGAUUUUAGUGUAGGAAGAGAGGCAGAAAAGUUAGUAGGUAGAGAGCUUUUAGAAAACUACCACAGGAGCAAGAGAAUUGUAACAGAGACUACAGGUAGUGUUUCAGGAGUAAGCCUUACAUCAGAACUAAAUGAAGAAUUGAAUGACUUAAUUCAGCGCUUUCACAACCAACUUCAUGAUUCUCAGACACAACCUGUGCCAGACAACAGAAGGCAAGCAGAAAGUCUUUCACUUACCAGAGAGAUUUCACAAAGCAGAAACUCUUCAAUGUCCGAAUACCUGUCAGAUGAGAAGGCUCAGCUUUUUAACAAGAUGCGAAUGUUGCAGGGUAAAAAGCAAAAAAUGGACAAACUGUUAGGAGAACUUCAUACACUUCAUGACCAACAUCUAAAUAACUCCUCCUUUUUUCCUGCUUCAGGUUCUCCUCAAAGGAGUAUUGAUCAAAGAAGUACAACUUCAGCUGCUUCCGGUCCUGUAGGCAUAGUAACUGUUGUUAAUGGCGAAUCAAAUAGCCUGGCGUCUGCUCCCUAUCCUCCUGAUUCCAUGGCUUCUCAGAAUGAAAGUGAAGAGGAUGACAAUCUAAACCCAACAGAAAAGCUUCAGAAGCUAAAUGAAGUUCGUAAGAGGCUGAAUGAGUUGCGUGAGUUAGUUCACUACUAUGAGCAAACAUCUGAUAUGAUGACAGAUGCUGUGAAUGAAAACACAAAGGAAGAGGAAGAAACAGAAGAAUCGGAAAGUGAUUCUGAACAUGAGGAUCCACAGCCUGUUAGAAAUAUUAGAAACCCUCAAGGAGUCAGUAGUUGGAGUGAAAUAAAUAGCAACUCAAAUGUACAGUGUGGAACUAAUAACAGAGAUGGAAGACAUCUUAAUACAGAUUGUGAAAUAAAUAACAGAUCUGCUGCUAAUAUAAGGAGUCUAAAAACAUCUUCUACACUAGACUGUCAUAAUAGGGAGGAUGACAAAGAUAUCGACCUACCCCAAGGUGAAGAUGAUGAAGUGGAAGAAGAUAGAGUUAGUGAAGAUUCCAUAUCUAGUCACAGAAGCAGCCUGGGUGAUGCUGCUGGAGAUGCUGAGUUUGAGCAGAAGAUCAAUAGGCUUAUAGCUGCAAAACAGAAACUUAGACAGUUACAAAACCUUGCUGCUAUGGUGCAGGAUGAUGAUCCAGAACCUCAAGCAACAAUUGCAAAUGCAUCUAAUAUUGGUGACUUGUUUUUGGGCGAGAUGGAAGAGACAAAGCAACAACCAAACAAUGUACGAGCUAGUACCAACAAAUUACAAAAAGAUGUAGGACUGAAUGAAAAAGCAAGAGAGAAGUUUUAUGAAGCUAAACUUCAGCAGCAGCAGCGGGAGCUUAAGCAGUUACAAGAAGAAAGAAGAAAAUUGAUUGAAAUUCAAGAAAAAAUCCAAGUGUUACAGAAGGCUUGUCCUGAUGUUCAAUUGUCAGCUGGCCUGGGUAACUGCCCAGCAAACAGGCAGACUUCACCAGCAACCUCAACUCCGGCCAUGAAUGAGUGUAACACAGCUGGCAAGCCUGUACUUGAAUUUGAUGAAUCUGUACCAGUGGGCAAUGAGUUAUGGUCUGAGAUGAGAAGACAUGAGAUUUUAAGGGAAGAAUUGCGAAAGAGAAGGAAGCAACUUGAAGCUUUAAUGGCUGAACAUCAGAGGAGGAGAGAGCUCGCAGAAACGAUAUCUACUGUUGCUGCAUCUGUUAAAAGUGAAGGGUCAGAAGCUCAGCGUACUCCACAGCAGAGCAGGACUGAAAAGACAAUGGCUACCUGGGGAGGUUCUACUCAGUGUGCACUAGAUGAAGAGGAUGGAGAUGAAGAUGGUUAUCUCUCUGAUGGAAUUGGUCAGGCAGAAGAGGAGGAAGAAGAUGCAUCAAGUUUGAAUGACAGUUUCUCUGUUUAUCCCACUAACAACAUACCAGAAAAUGCAUAUUUUCUUAAGGAAAACAAGGAUAGGUGGAAAAAUUGCCGUCCUCUUUCAGCAGAUGGGAAUUAUCGUCCAUUGUCUAAGGCCAGGCAACAGCAAAACAUAAGUAUGCGACGUCAGGAAAACCUUCGGUGGAUGUCUGAACUUUCAUAUGUGGAAGAAAAGGAACAAUGGCAAGAGCAGAUUAAUCAGUUGAAGAAACAGCAUGAAUUUAGUGUCAGCAUUUGUCAGACUUUGAUGCAAGAUCAGCAGACCCUCUCUUGUCUUCUACAGACAUUGCUUACAGGCCCUUACAAUAUGAUGCCCAAUAAUGUUGCGUCUUCACAAGUCCAUCUUAUUAUGCAUCAGUUAAACCAGUGUUACACUCAACUGACUUGGCAGCAGAAUAACGUCCAGAGGCUGAAACAAAUGUUAAAUGAUCUUAUGCGCCAGCAAGAACAACAGUGUCAAGAAAAGCCAUCAAGAAAGGAGAGAGGCAGUAGUGCACCACCACCUCCAUCUCCUGUUUUCUAUCCAUUCAGCUUUCCUCCGCAACCUGUGAACCUGUUUAAUGUACCAGGGUUUCCUAAUUUGUCUUCCUUUGCUCCAGGUUUUAACCAUAAUCCAGUGUUCCCUUCUGGUCUUGGAGAUUUUGCACACAAUAUUUCCCCACACAGCAGUGAGCAGCAGCAGCAACAUCCUCCUCUAGAUCAGAACGCUUCUGGGAAAACUGAGUAUAUGGCAUUCCCCAAACCUUUUGAAAGCAGUUCCUCUAAUGGAGCAGAAAAACAAAGAAGGAGUCACAGACAACCUGAAGAGGAAAUGGAAAAAAGAUCAACUUGGAUUAAUGAUAGCCAGGAAGUGAAAAAAGAUGAUCAAUCUCAGCUGAAAGCAGGUGUUGCAGUUUCAGUACAAAACAUUGCUUCAGGUCAUAAAAAUCAGUCCGAUAUGAGCAGGAGGAGAGAGUUUGAUGAAGAGUCUUGGGAGAGUUUUAGUAGCAUGCCUGAUCCAAUAGACCCAACUACUGUGACAAAGACAUUUAAAUCUAGAAAAGCAUCAGCACAAGCAAGCUUGGCAUCAAAAGAUAAAACACCCAAAUCGAAGAAUAAGAGGAAGAGCUCUUCUCAGCUGAAAGGCAGAAUUAAAAAUACUGGUUAUGAAAGUGCAAGCGCUUCUAGUGCAUGUGAACCCUGCAAGAGCAAUAAAACUAGACACUCGGAAGAGGUUGUUCAUGCAAAGGUGUUCAGCAAAAGGAACCAGGAACAAUUGGAAAAAAUUAUUAAAUACAGUAGAUCUACAGAAAUGUCUUCAGCGCAUGCUAGGAGAAUUCUGCAGCAGUCUAACAGAAAUGCAUGCAUUGAAGCGCCAGAAACUGGUAGUGAUCUUUCUAUGUUUGAAGCUUUGAGAGACACAAUUUAUUCUGAAGUGGCAACACUAAUUUCUCAAAACGAGUCUCGUCCCCACUUUCUCAUUGAACUUUUCCAUGAGCUUCAGCUGCUAAAUACAGAUUACCUGAGGCAAAGGGCUCUAUAUGCUUUGCAGGAUAUAGUGACCAGACAUUUAUCUGAGAACAAUGAAAAAGGGAAGCGCACAAAAUCACUGAAUUCUGCGACAUGGAUGGCAUCAAAUUCUGAACUCACUCCCAGUGAAAGCCUUGCUUCUACAGAUGAUGAAACUUUUGGCAAGAACUUUUCUACAGAGGCAUGUCAAGAUUGUGAACAAAAUGAUGCAGACAAUGGGAGUACUAUGUCUACAUCUUCAAAUUUUGAACCCUUUGCCACUGAUGACCUUGGCAACACAGUGAUUCACUUAGAUCAAGCUUUGGCUAGGAUGAGGGAAUAUGAGCGUAUGAAAAUUGAAGCUGAAAGUACCCUUGACUCUGAGGGCUGCUCUAGUAAUUUUCAGGGUGCUUCUGCUGCUAAAUUAGAAGGUCCAAGUACCAGUGAACAUCUUCCUGUGCCACAGUCAAGUGAAGUUUCUGCUGUUCCGUGUCCUCGUAUAGAUACUCAGCAGCUUGACCGGCAGAUUAAAGCAAUUAUGAAAGAGGUCAUUCCUUUUCUAAAGGAACAUAUGGAUGAAGUAUGCUCUUCUCAAUUACUGACAUCAGUAAGACGUAUGGUCUUGACUCUUACACAACAAAACGAUGAAAGUAAAGAAUUUGUGAAGUUCUUUCAUAAGCAGCUUGGCAGUAUACUUCAGGUUAGUAGAUUUUCA